UUCAAAUCUUAAUCAAAAACAAUGACAAUCAACAUAGCAAUUGUCGGUGGCGGUAUAGCCGGCCUUUGCCUUGCUCGUGGGCUGGUGCGGCACCCACAUCUUCAGGUUACGGUCUACGAAGCAACACAAAGAUAUCUAGAUAUCGGCGGCGGACUCGCUUUCCAUGGCAAUGCAAUGCGUGCCCUCGAGCUUAUAGAUCCAGAGCUUCAAGCUGAGUAUUUUCGGCGUGCAACGGUCAUGAAUGAGCGGGACGUGGAGAUGGCAACUCAAGUGCUGGUAGGAGAUGCCGUAGCUGAAGAUGGUGGGUCUGUGUUACUAGCCGAGCUAGGAAAAGCAAAGGGAAGAAAGACUGUUGCUCGAAGCGACUUGUUAGAAGGCUUGUUGAGUCUCAUACCAGGCGGUGUUGUCAAGUUUGGGAAAAGGCUCGCUCAGAUCGAGGAGAAGUCAACCAACGGUGCAAUUGGUGCAACGAACAUCUCCUUGACUUUCAAGGACGGCACCACGGCUACGGCAGAUGUGGUUAUCGGAUGUGAUGGUGUGCACAGCGUCAUCAGGAAGUAUCUACUUGGAGCCGAUCAUCCCGCCGUUGGAUUGAAGAACCAUGAUGCUUGGCAGUGGAUUCGACGCUCUGUACCUGCCGAAGAAGUCAUGAAGUUGAAUGAAAGAUUGCUGUCGUAUGUACCCAUCUUUUGCGGACACGGCGCAUACAUGAACUGCCUUCCUACUCAUUUCGGAAAAACUUUGAAUGUCGCCGUGGUUCAGAUAUCCAAAGAUUCCAGAUUGACAGUCAGCUCUGAGAAGGACGGUGUUCAAGAGACACCCGAUAUCAUUACUCCGGAAGCUUUUUCUCAUUGGACAAAAGAUGCCAGAGACAUCGCGACACUGGCUCUGCGGGACCCAAGCACAGAAUGGAAGCUAGAAGAUCAUGAUCCGGCACCGUUCUACUCUCGUGGUAGGAUAUGCAUGAUCGGUGAUGCGGCACACGCCACAAUGCCUUUCAACGGACAAGGCGCGGCUCAGUCCAUUGAAGAUGCGGCGCUUUUGACGGCACUAUUUGAGCAUGUCACUAAACUCGAGCAAGUCGAAAAGGCACUCGGCGUGUACGACGAGUUGCGGAGACCUAGGACCCAGAAGAUAGCCGAAUUGAGCAGACAAUUUGGUCGAAUGUAUGCGUUUGCUGAAGAAGGAGUGGGCGAUGAUUUGGGGAAAAUGCGUGCUAUCUUAGGUGCUGGGGCGAAGUAUACGAAUGAUGUUGAUCUGAAGGCAUUGAAUGAGGAGGCUGUAAGGAACUUCCUAGCCAAAUAGACUUGUUCUUCUCAUAGUUUCCUUUGACUUUUAUUCCUG